AUGCAAACCUCUGCACCCCCGGUCAUUGACCAAUCUUCCCCAGGCCAAACCCCCGUCCAGGGGCAAGAUGUGUUCUGCAACAGUUCUUGGAGCACCCUUCAAUCUUCUUCUGCAGCCGUAACCAGCGUUGAUAAGAGCUUGUCCCGUUCACCGACUCUGCCCACAACAGCCUUUGCACGAAGACAAACUUGGCCUGAGCCAGCUUCUCCGACAAGGCAGUCUCCGCUGCGGAAGUCUACGGUUCCAGGAGACGUGCAAAGUUCGGACGAGGAGGUGUUUCCAGUUCCGGGUUCACCGUCUACUCUCGAUCAUUUACGCAAACAUAGGGCUAAGAUGUCUUUGACGGGAGACAGGAAGGGCAGGGAAGCACUGGACAGAUCUCAAGCUCGGCCUGGCGCUUGGUACGUGAGACGACAUAACAGGGCCGUUGAGGAUAGUCCAGCAGAAGAUAGAACGUCAUCACCUGAAUCCACACCUACCAAAUCACGAAGCUCUCCCACUGUGGCCGCCCUAUCACCUGCGGCCAACAUUUCUCGACAAAAGGUCACUUCGCCUACUUCAGCAUCCCGGUUCUCCUUCUUCAAUAUGGCCUCGACGCUGAAGGGUCUAGCAUCCGCUCCAGUCUCGGUGCCUAAGGACGACGAGCUAAUGAAUAUCGACAUUGAUGCAGCUCUAUUCCCCGGCGGUUCGCCGUCCGACGGCGAAUCCAACUCACCCGCCGCUUUCAAGAACUUACAAAUGAAUGCCCUCGGUCUACUACGAAAAUUUCAGGCAGCCUACCAACAUAAGGCCAUUGUAUGCCAGGAACUCCGUGCCGAAAAGGAUGCCCAAGAAGAGGAGAAAAUCGAAGCCGAGACACGGGUUACUCAUCUGAAGAUGCAGUUAGAAGGCAUGGCACAAAAAGCUGCAGAGACAGAAGCCAUGAUGCAAGCUCUGCUGGAGGAACUCAGUCGCGAAAAGAGGCUACGCGCAGAAGAAAAAUGUAUCAGAGAGGGCGGCAUUUUAUCUUCCGGCAUGUCAACCAUAUCCGAGGAUCUCGGUGUGGAAGACGACCAAAGGAAGAAAUACCGCCGUCGAAGUGGUGGAACUGCCAAAUCUGACGAGGCGAGCUUCGACACUGAUGAUGAAAGUGUAGAUGAAGUCAGUGUAUUUUCGAGGUCACGCAGCCCCACGCUGCCGGCUAGUAUAUCCGACGCGCAUGGCGUCUAUGUCGACAACGGCAACAACAUCUCAAUGCCACCAAUACCAAAACCCACCAUGCUGGAGCCGCCUCGUCCCACACGCCAAUCCCAACCCCAAAUGUCCACCUUUCAAAAGCUGUUCAAGGGUAUUUCUGGCGAUGCUGGCAGAGAUGGUGAGCGAGCUAUUGUCCAAGGCUGUCGAAAUUGCCAGGGCCAAGAUGCUGGCAUGGCUUGGGAUACGGCUAGUUUGUUAAGACACGAGAAUGUGUGUUUGAAGAAGAGAAUCGGGGAGCUAGAGAAUGCCGUUGACGAGGCACUUGAUGCCGUCAUGGGCCUACGGGCGUAA